AUGCUGCCAGGUCGCCAGCAAAUAGGCACACCUGCUGGCCAGUCUGCACGCUUACGUGCAAGUCUCGGUCAACCUCAACGAGCCGCUUCCCGGAGAGGCAGUGUCCAAAGUGCUGCAGACUCCUUGCUGUCUGGUUCAUCAAACCGCCCACCGAAGUUGCCACCAACCUCAAGAAAAUCAUCCAACGUUUCGCUUCCUUCAUCACCCAAAGCCUCCAAACCCAGCACCUCCUCAACCAAAACCACCACCUCCGAACCUUGUGGCAUUGCGCCAUUGGAAAUCGAUUUGCCCACGAGUCCGCCCUCACCCCUAAACAUUAAACCACCGACCAUGUCAAACCCUUACGAUAGUCAUGCUCCCGGCCGUGGCCCACCAACAAGGUCUCAGCCUUUCGAGAAUUUCAUACCCAUGGACCGAGUUCCGUUUGGAUUGCCGGCUGAUGAUCAUGAUCAACUCUACUUGGAACCGGGGUUCUAUCCACCCGAAAACAACUGCUCUUUUGCGCAGUCAAGUCUCGGGACCGAUCAACCAACCGCUGCCUACUUUGAUCCGAACAUCGGAACCAAUCAACCAACCACGGCGGCCUACUUCGAUCCAAACAUCGGAAGCGUUCAACCAACUGCGGCCUACAUCGAUCCAAACUUCACCGCAACUCAAACAGCGCAUUCUUACUCACAACCUAGUCAAACCAUUCAUUAUCACACCCAACCAAACCCCGCUUUGACACACCCAAAUGAUGAUCAACCUGCUCAAUACCACAAUCAACUCGACGUGCAGCCAUCAUCUUUGCCAGUUCAAACUCCGCUACCAUCACACCCAACUAGCCAUGUACCUUUGCAGCCAGAUAGUCAUGCACCCUUGCAGCCGACUAGCCAUGCUGUUAGCAAACAGACGUCGCUCUUGUCGAACUCGUCCCAAGCUCAACCUCCAGCAAGCAACCAGGCGUCGCUCUUGUCGAACUCGUCCCAAGCUCAACCUCCAGCAAGCAACCAGACGUCGCUCAUGUCGAACUCGUCCCAAGCUCAACCUCCAGCAAGCAACCAGACGUCGCUCUUGUCGAACUCGUCCCAAGCUCAACCUCCAGCAGCUACGCCCUUGCCGAGUUGGGUGUCAAACUCGUCCCAAGCUCAACCUCCAGCAGGAGCGACGCCCUUGCCGAGUUGGGAGCAACUGACACAAGAUGCCGAAGACGCUUAUGAACAGCAGCAAUCAAACUCCGCAAGAGGAGCACCCGGUCGUGGGACUGCUCGAGGGAGGGGUUCAAGAGCCCGGGGAGCAAGUACUGCGAAACGCGCACGAGGUGGUGCUGCCCCUCGUGGGCGUGGAAAAGGAAAAUCCACGCCAGGCAAAUCUGCCGUGGUCGAUCAGCCACUGGCUGAUUCCUCAAGCACCCGCAACAGCCCUCAGCCAGAACAACCCGAUCAAAACCACGAACCGGAUCGACAAUCUGAUGCGGCUCCACGUGAUCUUCCCUCUGGCAAUGGGGUCAGUCGAGCUUCUCGUAGACGACUUGAGCCUGAUGUCCUCGCUCUCUAUAAAGAUGAAUCGCUCGACGAACUGCGCCGCCUAGCUCCCGCUCCUAUCCACAAUGAUCAUACUAUACCCUUUCAAACACGGUCCGUGCAAUGCGCGGCGCUCUGGCGGAAGUUGGAUAAGAAAACCAAAGACAAGUAUCGCGAUCCAGAUUUCCUUGCCACCUUACCUAAUCCUUACUUGAGGCCAGCAGCGUCUGUCGAGGCCGAUCAACAUCCUGACAAUGAUGGAAAUCCUGAGCAGGGAAAGAAACAAGUGCGAAGGAAAGCUUAUUCUGACAUGAAACCCGAUCGAUGGGCCAAAAAAACCCUUCUGGAUUUGAGGAGACUUUCAGAAGCCUACCAAGUGGAAGGGUUCAUGGUCUUCGUAUCGCGGCGCAAGAAACGAAGUAUAAUAACUGCUGGUGGCAGUCACCUGGGACAAGAGUUCAUCGACAUGGUUGAAGGCGACAUCGAAACCGGUCCCUGCCAGGACUUUGUGGAGUUUGUUAAUGGUCAAAAGGCCAUUAAGAAACUGACCGGGAAGGACCCGCUGCCUGUCAAGAAACCACGUAAGCCAAGAAGGGGUAAAAAGGACUUCGAAAACGGGGUGUAUGAUAAGGGUAGUAAAGACGAGAAUCUCACCGAUGUCCGAGAAAAACUUCGAACCGCGCUAACAAAUGCAACGUGUGGACGAUACGACCAUGGUUGGCCAAGCAACACCAAGGUCAAGCUCAAAGAACUCGGCGUGAAGAUGUGGGUCAAACACAACAAUCUAUUUGUGACGCCCGAAUCGUUUUGCGGAGCCCUUGCGCCCAAGUGGAACGGGGAUUUAAAGAGACUACAGGUUGCGAUUGGCGAGGGUUGGUUCAAGCUUGAAGGACCUGACCAUCCAGGCUCUUCAGGUGUGGAUGUAGUAGCUGCUGGUGAGGCUGAUGCUGCUGAUGCAACUGCUCACGGCGACUCGCAAGCGGGGAUACCAUCCGGUAACAUAACUCAAGAUCAAGAAGCAGAAGACAACACCAAUAAUGCUGUCAUCUUACCGCAAGAAGCUACCUCAGUUACCGGAAAGCAAGGCUGGACUGCUUUAGCAAGCCCGCCUAACUCUCCUCGACCGACAAAGCGCCGUGGUCGCGGUAAGAAGAAAGUGGCAACUAGCAGUGAUGGAGGAACCUUCUGCAAAAAGAAAACACUAUCAGAUUUUCUGGCAAGGAAGAAAGCCGCGGAGAAAUCACCUGACCCAAGUGAUCCCAAGAAACGUGUUCGUCCGAAGAAGGUGCCUGUUCCCAACAAAACAGCUGGUCCGAGCAAGACGGUGACGAUAGCAGCGGGUAGGGGUGCUAAGCGUGGGCGUGAUGCUGCUGAUGAACGACCCAACGCUUCUAAGAAAUCUCGUACGGUCGAGACAGAUGACGAGUCAGAAGCUACGACGCCCUCUGAGUCUUCUUCCGAGAGUGAUCCAGAAGCCUCCGAGUCUGAGGACAAUGACGAAAGUGAGGACGAUGAUGAUGAUGACGGAAGUGAGGACGAGGACGAGGACGAGGAUGAUGGAAGUGAGGACCAGGUCGAAGACGAAGAGUAG